GUCCCAGUCCUGAAAGGGCAAGCAUUAUCGUAUGAUAUAAAAGUUAAUACGCCUACUGCUACUCCUCUCUGCCACUCACCGCGAGCUUCCCCAUCAAGUCACCCCAUCCUCUUCUUUUAUUUUCCUUUUCCCCACAACUUUUCCUCUCUCUCUCUCUCUCUCUCUCUCUGUUAUUAUAUAAAUUUUCCUUUGGUGGACGCAGAAACCUCCCCUCUUUUCUCGCUCCAGACCCUCUCCCGGAACAAUGUGAUCAUAUAGAAAUUUCACAAACUAAAUCCACCUCCUUCUUGCCCUGCCUGUAAUUCGAUCCCCAAUUCAUCAUCAUCAUAAUGGCUUCCAUUCGAAAACUGAUAGUGGAGGUGGUGGACGCCCGCGAUCUGUUGCCCAAAGACGGCCGAGGAACCGCCAGCCCCUUCGUCAUGGUUGAUUUUCACGGCCAGCGCAAAAAAACCAGCACCGCCAUCCGAACCCUCAAUCCCACCUGGAACGAGGUCCUCGACUUCAAGGUCGUUCAUCCCUCCCACGUCUUCGGCGACGAGCUUGAGGUCGCCCUUUACCAUGACAAGAUCGUUGGCCCCACCACCCGUAACAACUUUCUCGGCAAAGUUGUCGUCCACUCUCGACACUUCGUCACUUCCGGCGAGGAGGCCGUGGUGCGCUAUCCUCUGGAGAGUAAGAGCUGGCUCAGUUGGGUACGCGGAGAUAUUGGACUCAAAAUCUACUAUCACGACGAGGUUGUUCCGCCCCCGCCCCCGCCCCCGCCGCCUCCGUCUGAAGAGCCCACUACCAAGUCUGAGACUCCCCCGCCCCCUUCAGCGGUGCCGGAAGAAGCGACCCCGGGAUCUGACACGCCGCCGAAAGAGGCGACGGAGCAUGCGAGUGCCGAGAAGUCUGAUUCGGCGGCGGGGCCUCCCCCGGAGCCGGGGAAAUCUCCGUCGAAUCCACCGGAGCCGCCGAAAUCAAAUGAGGAACCGCCAGUUCCACCGCCGAGUGAAGCCUCAGCAACAACACCACCAGCACUGGAAAAUGAUGGCACUCCUGUGCAAGUGUAUAACCCGCCGCCACCGCCACCGCCACAGCCGGCGGAACCAAGCGCGAACUUCGUGGACCCAUCACCAUCACAGCCUGAUGCUGAAACUGAAGCUGCAUCCAAGGUAGUCCUGCCACCGGAAAUAAUGGCAGCUACAGUCUCUAAAUCGGUGCCGCAGGUGCAACUCGCCGGAAUCAGCCCUCCACCGCCAAUUCCACGGCCAAUUCCAGCCCGACAUUACGCCACAGAUCCGCCGGAGAAAAUCCCAAUCGACCGUUGUUCGUUCGAUCUCGUGGACAAGAUGCACUACCUCUUCGUCCGAAUAGUCAAGGCCCGAUCGCUCCCCACCACCGGCUUUCCCGUCGUUAAGAUAUCUGUCUCCGGCAGCCACGUCACUUCGAAACCAGCCCGGAAAACCGCCUUCUUCAAGUGGGACCAAACGUUUGCCUUCGGCCGCGCCACACCCGAUUCCACCUCCGCUAAUGAACUGGAAGUCUCUGUGUGGGACCCACCGGCCCCCGAUGUGGAGCCUACUCCCGAGAUGGCCGGCUAUAAUUUCUUAGGCGGACUCUGCUUUGACACGUCAGAGAUUCUCCUAAGGGACCCACCGGACAGUCCACUAGCUGCACAGUGGUACAGAUUGGAAUUGGAGGAGGGUGGAGCUCACAACGGCGACCUUAUGCUUGCCACGUGGGUUGGCACGCAAGCUGACGAAGCAUUUCCUGAUGCGUGGAAAACAGACACGGCCGGUAACGUUAGCUCACGCUCCAAGAUUUAUUUAUCACCCAAGCUUUGGUACCUUAGAGCCACGGUGAUCGAAGCCCAGGACAUUUUACCUUUAACCGCGGUAAAAGAAAUGUCCUUCCAGGUAAAAGCCCAGCUCGGAUUCCAAGUCAUGAAGACCAAAUUCUCGCUUACCACUACCAGUAGCGGUUCACUCUCUUGGAACGAAGACCUCAUGUUCGUCGCGUCGGAACCACUAUGCGACGACCUGGUGUUAAUUUUGGAAAACCGGCAACCGAAAGGUCCGGUGAUUUGUGGGGUGGCCAAAAUACCCCUGGCGGCGAUCGAGCGGCGCGUGGACGAUCGGCAGGUGGCCCCCAAGUGGUACAGUUUCGAAGACCGUAACGAAGAAACCAGGGUGUAUAGAGGUAGGAUCCACCUACGGUUGUGCUUCGAUGGCGGAUAUCACGUGAUGGAUGAGGCAGCGCACGUGUGCAGCGACUACCGCCCGACGGCGAGGCAGCUUUGGAAGCCGCCGAUCGGUACGGUAGAGCUCGGCAUCGUCGGGUGUAAGAACUUACUUCCGAUGAAGACCGUUAACGGAAAAGGAUCUACCCAUGCGUAUUCGGUAGCCAAAUACGGGCCGAAGUGGGUCCGAACCCGAACAGUAUCAGACAGCUUGGAGCCUAAGUGGAACGAGCAGUACACGUGGAAGGUCUACGACCCGUGUACGGUGCUGACCGUUGGAGUGUUCGACAGCUGGGGAGUAUUCGAGAUGGACGGCUCUAAAGAGGCCACGCGUCCCGAUUUCCGCAUUGGAAAGGUACGAAUACGUAUCUCUACGUUACAGACAGGUAGAAUAUACAGAAAUACGUAUCCUCUACUGUUACUGACCCCCACGGGGUUGAGGAAAUUGGGCGAGAUAGAACUCGCCGUACGGUUCAUACGUGCAACUCCGACGCUAGAUGUCCUCCACGUGUACUCUCAACCACAGCUGCCGUUGAUGCAUCACAUCAAGCCACUUGGGAUGGUCCACCAAGAGAUGCUGAGGAACACGGCGGUGAAGAUCGUGGCCGCGCACCUGUCGAGAUCGGAACCGCCGCUCCGGCGGGAAAUCGUGCUCUACAUGUUGGAUGCGGAUUCGCACACUUUCAGCAUGCGAAAGGUGCGCGCGAACUGGUACAGGAUAAUCAACGUGGUCGCCGGCGUGAUCGACGUCGUUGGAUGGGUGGAGAACACGCGCACGUGGAAGAAUCCGACGGGGACGGUACUCGUGCACGCUUUGCUGGUGAUGCUGGUGUGGUUUCCGGAUCUGAUAGUGCCGACGCUGGCGUUCUACGUGUUCGUGAUCGGAGCGUGGAACUACAGGUUCAGAUCGCGAGAUCCGCCGCCGCACUUUUGCGCGAAGUUAUCGAUGACGGAGAUGGUGGAUCGGGAGGAGCUGGACGAGGAGUUUGAUGCGGUACCGAGCAGCAGAUCGCCGGAAGUGGUGCGUGCGAGGUACGAUAAAUUAAGGACGCUGGGAGCGAGGGUGCAGACGGUGCUCGGGGAUUUGGCGACGCAAGGGGAGCGGGUGCAGGCGCUGGUGACGUGGAGGGAUCCGCGCGCGACGGGGAUAUUUGUGGGGUUGUGUUUCGUGGUGGCGUUGAUACUGUACUUGGUGCCGUCGAAGAUGGUGGCGAUGGCGUCGGGGUUCUAUUAUCUCCGCCAUCCGAUGUUCAGAGACAGGAUGCCAUCGCCGGCAUUGAAUUUUUUCCGGAGGCUGCCUUCGCUCUCUGAUCGAAUCAUGUAGUUCAGAAAAAGAGGAGGCACAGUAAUAAUUUUCUCAUGAAUCAUGAUGGAUAUGCAUUCCAGUCGGAAGCGGGGAUCGGGCCGUUGUAGAUGGCGUGGAGUUUGGGGCUGUCAAAGUAGUCGAGGAGGACAUGGAGGUUGAGCACAUUUUUUAUGACAGCGAGGGAGUACUGCUGGUUGGUAAUGGUGGACAUGGCGGCAUUGUUGAGGGCGAGGACGAUGAUGGUCUGGCGGCUAUUGAUCUCAUCAUCAAGCUUCGUCUGGGAUUAAUUUCACGAAUUAAAAAAAUUUCGGAGCUUUGAUCAUCUAUCUGCCUCGGAGAAUGCAGAGGAAUAAUGGCAAGUAGAAACCUUCCUCGCAUGCCAGUCAGUCGUCGUUCGGAUAACCUCAAGCAACGAAGCCUGUGCCGAUGCCGCAUAGACGAGACCUCUGAAUGUUACAGAUGAGAAGUUCUUUUUCUUAGCUCCGUUGGUGCUGUUUAUGUUGCUGUUAUUAUUACUACUGUUGGCCUUAUAAGACUUAACAUCUUGUUUUGAUGCUAACAAACAAGUUAAAUUUAACAUGCUUUGUUUAAGUGAUGUAUUUUCAGGACUUAAUGAUGAAUGCAAGGUUAAAGAAUUCAGGAAAGCUUAUAUUUUAAA